CCUCCCGCUCGGUGCGUGGCCGCCUCCGGGUGCUCCGCGCCGCGCUCCGCACACGAUUUCCUCCCGCGGCCGCCUGGGCGCCGGCGAGCGCAGGGCCCCCUCGCAGCCACGGGGAGACGAUGAGCCACGGCGCCGAGGAAGCGGAGAGCAGGAGGGGCCCAGCGGUGGGUCAAGGAGCUGGCCCCGUGGAUUUCUCAUCUGUGACAGCAUUGAGCACCUCCAGAAGCACUGAGGAUUGUGCUUCAUUCAGUGAUGAUCACAGUGCCUCCUCAGCAGAAAAAGAUUGCCCUAGCCCCACCUUAGACACCUCAAAGGACUCUAAAUCAGGAGAGGACAGUACUUCUGAGAGCAGCUCUGAGAGCGAAUCUGAUAAUGAGGAGCCAAAAUCAGAAAAAACAAAUGGGGAACUAGGAGAGUCUUCUACGGAGGAAGCAUCGACUCAGGAAUUUACUAAAAUCCAACCUCACUGUGCACAUUGUAAUGUCGAUGGUAAACACAGUGAACCAGUGACCCCCAGACUCCUUUCCCGGGGACAGUUUCUACUGAAGGUGGACGCAGAGGGAAUUUACCAGUGCACGGAAACUGGUCUGAUAUUUGAGGUUAACAGAAAAGUCGACAUCAAGUAUUGCGUUUUGUCCUGGAGCAAAUAUGCAGACCUGGUUGUUAGGCCCUGGCUCGUUGGUGGGCCCCUGUUUGACGUUAAAUGUGACCCCGCCUGUCUUACCUCCAUUCAGUUUCCACAUUCCCUCUGCUUGGGUCACCGCGGCUCCGAUAUGUUGUUCAAGGUCUUCCAUGUGAAAAGCUCUGGAGCCUCAUUGGAAUACACUGUGGAGCAUUCUGCCACCCACGUGAAGUGGCACGUGAGCUCGCUCUCUCCCGUGGGCCCCGUCAUUCAGAGUGAAGAAGCGGUGCAUCACCAUGGGGCUGUGAUUCUGUACAAAGCCAUAGAUCCUGACCCGUCCUUAUCCUUCCGUGUCUACGUAGCCACCAACAACGAGUCCUUCAUCAAGGAUAUUUCCAAGUCUGUGAAGCACUCCUCUAAGAAGUUCAUGAAAAUUGACAAGCCUCCUGUUUGCCAGAAGUUACUGCAGAAUGGGAAGAAAUACAAACUGAUCAGUAAACCAGAAGCUGAAAUCACCCCUGAGGAAUUUGAAUUUGUUGAUGGCUCACUUUUGAAAUUGAAAAGUUAUAUUGAAGUUUAUUUGGAGCAACCGAUGGAGUUUAAAUUAAUUUUGGUUGAAACGGAUUCCGAGGAAAUUGUGUGGACAGCAAAACUAAGAGAAUGUGACUGGGUUCAACAUGAUCAGAACCGAAACAUCUCGAAAAGAAACACAAGUGGUAACAGACGCCGAAAAAUGAGUAGCAGCUUACCUGACGAGGAGGUCUAUGAUAAAAGGAUGAAGCGGAUUGACAAUUCAGAUGGAGUGAAGACCAGACCGUGGCUCACAGACGCUCAGCUGAUCACCCUUGCUGAGAAGUUGGGGGACGAAUGGAUAAAAAUUGCAAUUGCCAACCUGGAGUUGGAGAUCAGCGAUAUUGAUGCUAUCCAGGAGAAGAAAGAAGAUGUUACCAUCUGUAAAUUUAGGAUGUUGAAGAAGUGGCAAGAAAAGGAGCAGGGUAAGGCCACGGCCCAGGCCCUGUAUAGCCGCUUGAAGAGUGUUGUUUCUACGGAAGCUCAGGCCGAGCUGGAAGGUUUUUUACAGGAAUCAUGAACCUCGGAAGGUGAGCUCAGAAAGGAAGCCUCGGGAACCUGGCCAGGGGCACACGUUGUCUGGGUGAAGGGAAUGCAAAACACUUGGAAACCUGUGGGAAGAGAAAACCUCUGUCUGUGCACACACUUUGCACCUCCUGCUCACACCACCCCCUUACCUCCCCAACACAAGUCUUCUUACAAAGGUGCUUCAAAUGACUCAGCUC